AUGCGAGGCCUAGAAGACGGUCGAGAUGCUAUUUUGACUAUAAGCUCGGAUGCGACAGAUCGCAUCAGACAUGCUUGGGAUGGCUUUAUCGACUUUGCCAUGCGAGACAAUGUUCUCGAAGUCGCUAUUGGUUUGAUGAUCGGUCAAGCGUUCACACAGGUCGUAACAUCAUUUGUUUCCGACGUGAUUCUUCCGGUUAUCUCAUUGCUGCCUUUCAUUCACCGUAAUCUCGACGAGAAAUUCCAGGUCUUGAAAAAAGGGCCGAAUUAUGAUCGUGCCAGAGGUUACAACACGCUGGCACAGGCGCGGGAUGAUGGAGCCCUAGUCAUGGCUUAUGGGGCAUUCUUGAACAACGUGAUAAGUUUCCUCGGCGUCGGCAUGGUCUUAUACGGACUGGCUCACUUUUACGUCCUGAUUUCACAUGACGGGUCAAUGAUCAAGAGGACCGUGAAGUGUAAAUAUUGCAGGAAAUGGAUCAAUCGCAAGGCUAUUCGGUGUACGAAUUGCUCGAGCUGGCAAGAUGGAAGGGAGGAUAUUGGCCUCACACAAUGUGAGGAUACUGAUUAG